AUGGGCAUUGGAGAUCCACGUGACAUUGCUAUUGGUGCUGUUUUGCAAUGCACGGAGGCGUUCACCCUCGGCAUGCCGUUUGAAGUGUGGAAGACUCAGCAGAUCUCCAGUCUCGCCAAAGGCAAAUGGUCGAGUGCCGCGGAGGAGUUUAAGAUUCUUGCACGAGGCGGAUUGAGUCGUUUUUAUCAUGGAACCGGGGCAAAAAUGAUAGAGGCCGGAUUAAAAGGUUCUAUACUGCUUUUUGGUACCAAUUUGACGUUGGAACUGGAACCUAUGGUGGGCAUUAAUCCACAGAGUGCAGUGGGUGGCAUGACGGCAGGAUUCUGCGGCGGUGUUGCGCAGACAGUUGUGAUGUCCCCAAUGACCUAUGUUGUGACAUAUAAGAACCGCCACCCGGAGCACCAUUCGAAAAGUCUCUUCAGAGUAUUGGGGGACGCGGGAUUCCGAAAGGCAUACGGAUCGGCUCCAGCUAUGGCGGGCCGACAGGGGACAAAUUGGGCGCUGCGUUGGUUUUUUGCUGUUGCUUUCACAAACAAAUACAAGGAAGUAACAGGACGAACCAAAUUGAACGCAGCAGAAGAGGUCCUUUGCGGAAUUGUUGGAGGUAUUCUGGGGUGCGUGAAUCAGCCCUUCGAGGUGAUUCGUGUCCUUCAGCAGGCGCGGCAGGCAACUGGAGAUGCCGGUGCAAACACAAGAAACUGUUCGGCGUUCGUUUAUAAGACCUAUGGAUUAAGAGGGUUCUACGCAGGGUUGAUACCAAGGAUGGGGCUUUCCGCUUGGCAGACAAUGUUCAUGGUGACCUUUGCGGGAAUGAUCAAGGAGCGUCUUAAUGCGAUCAGCGGCACAGCUCCACCAGUGAAGAAUUGA